UUCGUCAGGGUUUCGAGGCCCGCGCGUCGGGAGCGCGCCGAAUCUCGGGCAGGUGCGCGCGCAGGCGGGCGGAUCUUCGUUCGGUCAGUCAUGGCGGAGGGGGAGCUGGACGUGGAUUCUCUGAUCUCUAGACUGCUCGAGGUGCGAGGAUGCCGUCCAGGGAAGAUCGUUCAGAUGUCGGAGGCGGAGGUUCGAGGCCUGUGUAUCAAAUCCCGCGAGAUUUUCCUCAGUCAGCCCAUCCUUCUGGAGCUGGAGGCUCCUCUCAAAAUCUGCGGUGACAUUCACGGGCAGUACACAGACCUUCUGAGGCUCUUUGAGUACGGCGGGUUUCCUCCAGAGGCAAACUACCUGUUUCUGGGCGACUACGUGGAUCGAGGUAAACAGUCGCUGGAGACCAUCUGCCUCCUGCUGGCAUACAAGAUCAAGUACCCUGAGAACUUCUUCCUGCUGCGUGGGAACCACGAAUGUGCCUCCAUCAACCGAAUCUACGGCUUCUAUGACGAAUGUAAACGCAGAUUCAACAUCAAACUGUGGAAAACCUUCACGGACUGCUUCAACUGUCUGCCCAUCGCCGCUAUCGUGGAUGAGAAGAUCUUCUGUUGCCAUGGAGGUCUCUCUCCUGAUCUUCAGUCGAUGGAGCAGAUCAGACGCAUCAUGAGACCUACAGAUGUUCCUGACACAGGACUCUUAUGUGACCUGCUGUGGUCAGAUCCUGAUAAGGACGUUCAGGGCUGGGGCGAGAAUGAUCGUGGGGUUUCGUUCACGUUCGGUGCCGAUGUGGUGAGCAAGUUCCUGAACCGCCACGACCUGGAUCUCAUCUGCCGGGCACAUCAGGUGGUUGAGGACGGUUAUGAGUUCUUUGCGAAGCGGCAGCUGGUGACUUUGUUCUCGGCGCCAAACUACUGCGGCGAGUUUGACAACGCCGGGGGGAUGAUGAGCGUUGACGAGACCCUGAUGUGCUCCUUCCAGAUUCUGAAGCCGUCUGAAAAGAAAGCCAAGUACCAGUACGGGGGAAUGAACUCGGGCCGUCCCGUGACUCCGCCCCGGACAGCCACGCCCCCUAAAAAGCGAUGAAUGGAAGACGGGAAGAUGUAUCGGCCAUGAAGACUCGCUGCAGUUUCUCUUGACAAAAAUACAAAUGAUGUAGUUAAAAAAAACAAAUAUUCUUUUCCUUUUGAUUUGAUUUCACACUCUUCUGUUCUGUCUUUAGUGUGGCCUAACGUCUGCUUUCCAUGUCCGUACCGUCACCAUUUCCAAAGUAUUUGAGAUGAACGGAGGACACACACACAUAUCACAGCGUUUCUUUUGACUUUGUGUUGUUUCGUUUGCUCUCACUGUUUUCUGCUUAUAACCCACAGAAGGAUUGACAUUGACUAGUUCUUUUCUAGUUCAUCAUUUGGUUCCUCCACACACUGUUGAUAUAAAACGUGGAGAAAUAAACCAUAACAUCUGGAUUUUCAGUAAAUAAAGUGUAACAAACCCUU